GCUAGACCAACACGCACUCUCGCACACAGCCGCGGGCACAGUGACGCAGGCGGAGGAGCGGCGCCGGAGCUAGGGUUUCCCUGAUCCGGUGGGGCCGGGGAGGGGGUGGAAUAUCUUGCUCGAUUUCGGCGCUGGAGGCGCAGUGCCGGUGUCCCCGAAGCCGGCGGGCGCGAGGCGGGUUGGGGAGCUGGGGUACGGCGCCGGGGGCUCAGAUCUGGUAUGACCGACGGCGGCGAAGACGGGAAUGUGGCGUUGCCCAGGGGCCCCGCGCGCCGGAGGGGCCCCGUGCGGGCCAGCUUCGACGCCGACGAGUUCAUCGCGCUGAUGCACGGGUCGGAUCCCGUCAGGGUCGAGCUCACGCGCCUCGAGAACGAGCUCAGGGACAAGGAGAGGGAGCUUGGGGAGGCGCAGACGGAGAUACGCGCGCUGCGCCUAUCGGAGAGGGCGCGGGAGAAGGCCGUCGAGGAGCUUACAGAUGAAUUGGAGAAGAUGGCUGAGAAACUCAAGCUGACAGAAUCUCUCCUCGAAAGCAAAAAUCUUGAAGUUAAAAAGAUAAAUGAUGAGAAAAAAGCUGCAUUGGCUGCCCAGUUUGCAGCAGAAGCAACUUUGCGAAGAGUACAUGCAGCCCAGAAAGAUGAUGACAUGCCACCAAUUGAAGCCAUUCUUGCACCGCUUGAAGCUGAGCUAAAGCUUUCUCGCCAAGAGAAUGCAAAGCUCCAGGAUGAUAACAGAGCUUUGGAUCGUCUAACAAAACAAAAGGAGGCAGCUCUACUAGAAGCGGAGAGGACCGUGCAAAUUGCCAUGGCAAAAGCUGCUAUGGUUGAUGAUUUGCAAAACAAGAACCAAGAGUUGAUCAAACAAAUUGAGAUCUGCCAUGAAGAAAAUAAAAUCUUAGACAAGCUGCAUCGCCAAAAGAUUGCAGAAGUUGAAAAGCUGAGCCAAACUGUGAGAGAGUUGGAAGAGGCUGUUCUUCAAGGUGGUGCAACGGCUAAUGUUGUCCGUGAUUACCAGCGCAGAUUUCAAGAAAUAAAUGAAGAAAAGAGAACACUUGACCGUGAACUUGCACGUGCAAAAGUUACAGCAAACAGAGUUGCUUCUGUUGUUGCUAAUGAGUGGAAAGAUUCUAAUGACAAGGUGAUGCCAGUUAAACAGUGGCUUGAAGAGCGUAGGUUCUUCCAGGGGGAGAUGCAACAACUUCGUGACAAGCUUGCCAUUACAGAACGUACAGCACGAUCUGAAGCUCAACUGAAGGAAAAAUAUCAGUUACGUCUAAAAGUACUAGAAGAUGGACUAAGAGGGCCACCAAGUGGCUCUAUUCGUCCACCUACUGAAGGAAAGAGCUUUAGCAAUGUCCCUUCCCGCCGGUUGUCACUCGGUGGAGCUGAUAAUAUAUCAAGAUUGUCUCCUAAUGGGUUAUUGUCAAGGCGAUCUCCUUCUUUUAAUUCAAGAUCAUCUCUUACGUCAAACAGCAGCUUGGUCCUGAAGCAUGCUAAAGGCACUUCAAAGUCAUUUGAUGGCGGAACUAGGUCACUAGAUAGGAGAAAGGUACAUGGAAAUGGAGCUCAUUUACUCAACAGAUCUACAGAUGCUGUUAGAGAUAAAGAGACUAAUGAUAGUUGGAAGGGCGAUAUGGAUGAGAAAACUAAUGAGAGUGCAGACAGCAACACAGAUGGGAAAAGUAAUGAAACCAUGAAUAAUAAUUCAGCUGAGACAGUUUCUGGUUUCCUAUAUGAUAUGCUGCAAAAAGAGGUAAUUUCUUUGAGAAAGACAUGCCAUGAGAAGGAUCAGAUUCUAAAAGAUAAAGAUGAUGCUAUUGAGAUGUUAGCAAAGAAAGUAGACACCUUAACUAAAGCAAUGGAAGUGGAAGCUAAAAAGGUCAGACGGGAGGUUGCAUCCAUGGAGAAAGAAGUUGCAGCAAUGCGUGCCAGUAAAGAACAAGAAAUCAGAGCCAAGCGGCUUGGUACGAAAGGCUCUGGUAGUUCACAACUGCUUCCUGGAAGAAACGCACCACGAAGUGGGUCCAUGCGCAACUUCCAAUGAUGGCAGCACUAACACCAAGCAGCAUUCUUGGAUAGGUCCUCUGUUCCACCAUUUGUUCUGUUCCUAUCCUAUUAAUUUUGUGGCUAAAAUCGUAGCACAGUGAGAUGACCCAACAAUACCUAGAUCUGGGUAAGAGUAGGCUCGGAUCUGAUGAGACCAUUGUGGGAGUGAAGCUGAGCCUGUUGUCUAACCUUGUGGCGCGCCCUCUUGUUUAUUUUAGUCCAGGCAGUGCACCUGAUGCUUGUAUAGGCCAGGGAUCACCGCAUGGCCAAUCUGUAAUGUAUAGCCUGAGUGCUCAGUUACAUAGACACCCGUUGCCCAGGUUGUGAAUACUGUUUCCUCGCACAUGCUUCUUUGCGCUGCUCUAUUUGCCCUGUGUUUGGGUUGGAAUUUUUAACAUGGCUUCUAGCC